CGGCAGGGGAGCGUCAUUGUCGAAAUCGCCAUCAGCAGCACAAGCAAGACGAAAUGCUGCGCGCCGUCACCCGCUUCGCAAAACCAUCCAGACGCGCUGCCCAAUUUGCUAGCAAGUCGUUUGUCGGAGUAUUUUCAGGUCACGGCGUGCAAUGCGGAUGCGCGAACUGCGGGCGUCAAGCCGUUCGAUCGUUUUCAGUGAAGUCCCAGACAAGCUACGACAUCCCCAAGACGCAGACCGCCGUCAUGUAUGAGGCGGACAACGCGCCGCUCCAGGUGCGCGAGGACUGGCCUGUCGUACAGCCGGAGGAUCUUAAAUCGGGUGAGGUUCUCGUCCGUAUUGCGUACACGGGCGUGUGUCACUCGGAUCUGUCGGUCUGGGAAGGCGAAGGUCCUCCUCUGCCCAAGCAGUUCCCAAUGAUCGGCGGCCACGAAGGUGUCGGAUACGUCGCUGCUGUCGGUGCGAACACCAAGACGAAGCUCAAAGUGGGUGACGCUGUGGGAGUCAAAUGGCUUGCUCACACCUGUCUCGGCUGUGAGGAUUGUCGUAAAGGCUACGAGACCACCUGUGGUGAGGCCGGCGUACACGGUUUGACCUGUCACGGCACGUUCCAGCAGUGGUGCGUGUCGUUCGCAGACCACGUGACUCCAAUCCCGAAGACUCUGGAUCUGGCAUCAGCCGCCCCUAUCCUGUGCGCCGGUAUGACGGUGUACAAGGCACUGAAGCAGAUCGGCGGGUCGCCGGGUGAGUACGUGGUGAUUCCGGGAGCCGGCGGCGGUCUGGGUCACUUGGCUUGUCAGUAUGCACGUGCUAUGGGCUACAAGGUGGUGGCUAUCGACUCUGGUGAUGACAAGCGCAAGCUAAUUGAAUCGUACGGCAUCAAGGACUUUAUCGACUUUAACGACGGAAACGUCAUCGAACAGGUCCGUGCUGCUACGGGUGGCCGCGGUGGUCACGCGGUUAUUGUCGUUGCUGGUUCCAAGGAUGCAUACAAGGACCCGCUCAUGUUCCUACGUCCUCGCGGCACUCUGGUUGCGGUGGGUGUCCCCAAAGACACGGCCGUCGUGGCUCCUGUUGAGCCGUUGAUCCCGCUGGAAUUCCGCAUCGUCGGCUCCUACGUGGGCAGCCGUCAAGACGCAAUCGAGGCCAUCGAUCUCGCUGCCGACGGUCUAGUCAAGAGCUCGUACACUGUCGAACCGCUGAAAAAUCUACCGGACGUCUUCGAGCGAAUGCACGCCGGCAAGCUGCGAGGCCGCGUGGUGCUGAACUGUGACUAAGUCUAUUAUGUUAUAGGUCACCUUGCAGCUCCUUAGCACGCUCUAGUAUAGCAGACGCGAUGCCAGCACGCCUUGCCGUCUCAAUAGCGACGCUGUCACUCGCUACUCCGUCUUUCAACACGUAAUGGAAUGUCACCACGUCUUCAACCUCCACGUUCGCGUCUGCCUCGUCCUGUUCGUAGAAGUGAUACUCCAAUUGUUUUGUCUGGCAUUUAUCGCCUAAAAGAGCUUGCAACUUGUGAAUCGCUGCAGUAAGAUGCGUGGCAAACACUACAAGGCAUCCGACAGUCUUACUAAGGUACAUCAUCUGAGCCACAGCCACAGCUUCAGCGUACUGAGCUGCCAUUCCAAAGCCGAUUUCGUCGAUAAGAACAAGUGACCUCUUCGUAGCAUUGCGCGAGAUCGUACCCAAUGCUGUUAGCUCUGACGAGCAUGACGAACCACAAUUAAUAGUGCUGCGAUGCAUGAGCGUGUAGACCCCGUCGAACACGGAUAACCGCACACUUGACGCGGGAACAAAAGACCCAAUUUGAGCGAGGAUCACCACAAGCGCACACAUGCGAAGCAGACUGGUCUUGCCUCCCAUGUUGGGACCCGAUACAACCAUCAAAGACCCAAGACUACUUGACAGCAGGACAGAAUUGCUGAUGUAGGACGAUCCGUCUAACAACAUUUCAAUAAUCGGAUGACGUCCAUCGAUGAUCUCCAAUAUGCUGUUACCAUCCACAAACUGAGGCUUAGUGUAGUUAGGAUAACUCUGAGCCACCGUAGCGAGUGAGCACAGCGCAUCAAGGUUCGCUAGAAUGUCCACACAGGCCAUUCCAGUCACGUACACUUGAGCGUCCACCUGAUUGACAAAUCGUCUCCAUAAUGCUCGAACCAGUUGUUCUUUCUGUUCUUUCACAAA